AUAUUGACUCCGCGAUUGUGUGUGCGGUGUGCCGUCCGCGAGUGAGCGAGCGCGCGCGCGACAGAGUCCGUCCGUGUCCCGUGCAGUCAGUCGGCGAUGCUCCUUUAAAAAGCGAAGUGUACUCCGAAGUGCGCGCGCGAGUGAGAGACGUUGCGAGUUACGAUCCGCCGAGAGAGAGUCGAGGACUCGGGGAGAGUGCGAGAGAGGCGCGUUUGAAGUCGGCGUAGUACGGUGGGUGCCUCGUAAGCCACGCCGCGCGCGGCCAGGCAACACGAUCCCGUGACGACGACGUCGACGACGAGGAGGAAAACGAGAACGAGGAGGCGCGGAGGAAAUAUGCUGCUGCCGCAGGCGACGACGGGCGCGCUGCUCUGCGGGCUGCUGGCCCUGUGCGUCGGGCUCACCCACGCGAACAUCGCCGCGGCCUUCGAGUCGACACCUUCGAGCUUCUUCGAUCAUGGAGCUCCACGACUGGAUCUGGAGAGCCUCGAGAGCGGAUAUCACGGCCUGGUCAAGGAGAAUGAAACUCUGGUCGAGGUCACGCCGCAGAUUCGCGCCCUGGGAACGAAAGUUUGCUCCUUCCGCAUCGCGAACAAGCACCACGGCGAGGCGCCGUUCGAGAUCGUCCUGAAGGAGAAGGGGAUGGCCGAGCUGCGGGCGUUCCGGGUCCUGAACUGCGAAAAACGCCGUAAUUACAAGUUCGACAUCGCCGCGGUCGGCUGCAACGGAGCGCAAUCAGAAAACGCCACGGUUCAUAUUACUGUGGUUGACGUCAACGAGUACGCGCCGCAGUUCCUCCAACCGGCCUAUGUUAGCACCGUGGACGAGGGUCGCCUCUACGAGGAGGUGGUCCGCGUCGAGGCGUCCGAUCGUGACUGUACGCCGAAAUUCGGCGAUGUCUGCAAGUACGAGAUCCUCACCGCCGAUCAGCCGUUCAUCAUCGACAACGAGGGUGCCAUCCGCAACACCGAGCCCCUGGACUACGAACGCUCGCACAACUAUAUACUUAGCGUGGUCGCUUAUGACUGCGGCAUGAAACAGUCGGCGCCGGCGAUGGUGACGGUCAAGGUGAAUCGCGUGUGCGCUCCUGGAUGGCGAGGCAUUCCCGAGAGAGUAGAUUACGCCGCCGGCGUCGGGUCGCAGCCUCUGCUUCCCUCGGCGCGGCUUGACCUCUGCGAUGCCCCCUGCAUCCUGCGCAACGUGCGCGCCACCCUGACUUUGGCCACCGACCACAUCGGCAAGGGUUGCGAUCGCGAUACUUACGGGGUUCGCAGCCAGCGGAAACUGUGCGGUGCCUCGCGCGACAGCGUGGACCUGCUGCCUACCCCCGGGCCCACAACCUCCUGGACGGCUACUCUUUCCAGAGAUGAAGGUAGAGAAGCUGACGAGAUCUUCGAGUUUGACGGCGUCGAUUCAGCCGCGAUUGUGCCGAACGACGUGCUGGAGCAUAGUCUGGCGCAGAAGUUCACCAUCGGCGUCUGGGUCAAGCACCGACCACGCCCGCGACAGGAUCCGCAUGUCAAGGAGCACAUUUUGUGCGCUGCCGACGAUCACAAGAUGAAUAGACACCAUUACGCCUUGUUCAUAAGGAACUGCAGAUUGAUUUUGCUGCUGCGACGCGACUUCUCCGAAGGCGAUCCCAACAUCUUCCGUGCCGCCGAAUGGCGUUGGAAGCUCGGCCAGGUAUGCGACGAUAAGUGGCAUCAUUACGCGAUCCAGGUAGACUUCCCGCGCGUCAACCUGUACGUGGACGGCGAGGAGUGGCGCGCCGACGAGAAGAACCCCGAAGUCAUCGACGAUUGGCCUUUGCACCCGGCCAAGGGUGUCAAUACCACCCUUGUGGUCGGGGCGUGCUGGCAGGGCUCCGAGAAUAAGACCAAACACCAUUUCCGUGGCUAUCUCGCCGGCCUGUCCGUCCUAGUCGGCCGAAACGAGAAACCAGAAGUACUAUCGUGCCUGCGACGCUGCCAAGAGGGCAUUCACGUGCCACCGAUGGACUUGUUGCAACCGGGUACUCAACUGCUGACCAAUUCUGACAUGACUGAAGUGCGCAUCGAUGGCGACAACCGCACGAACGUUGAGACUCUUUUGCGUCGUAUCGGCUACUCCAAUACUCGACGUUUCCCGACGCCCGGUCGCCGUAACUUCCGUCUCGACACAACGAUCGUCUGCGAAGGUAGCGAGAACACGCCUCUACCGGUACCGACCGUGCAGUCCUACGUCACCGUGCUACCGCCUCCGCGACCGGGCAUCACCGUCAACGGCACCGGUUACGUGGCUCGAGAAUACGCUGAUUUCCGGUUGGGAGUACGAGUGUUCCCCGACGCGCGCGUCACCGCCGGAUCAGCCGCCCGAUUGGACGCCUGCGCCGUCAGUGUUUAUCCGAGCCUUAACCCCGAUCACGAGAGCUUGGGAUUACCCGGUGACGCCUUGCUCGCAUUCCACGACAUCUCCGCUCGUGUUGACCGAGACGGCGUCGUUCUCUCUGGCGCGGACUCGCCCUACAACUAUCAGCAACUCAUCCGUCUCAUCAUGUACACGAACCGCAAGCCGGCUUAUUACCUUGAUCGCGUCUUCAAACUCACCUGUUCCGAGCUGAGUGGCCGCUUCGCCAGCAACGAAUACGUGCAAACGCUUGCUGUGAUUCAUCCUAAGGAGAAGACGACCGUUCUGCCGCACACGACGUCCGGAGAACCGCCCAUCGCCAGAAUCAUCGAGCCGGCACCGGGUCACGCACAGCUCUCGCCGCACCAUGCCGAUCUAACGGAGGAAUACGCUACAGCCGCGCUUCAUGAAGGCAGCAGAACCGUCAGUGGCACCGGCGGCAGCCAUGCCGUAACCAUCGUCGCUGCCGCUUGCAUCGGCUUCCUGCUGCUGAUGGCAGUGGUGGGCGCUGCGCGGGUACGUGGGGCGGCCAAACGACGACGAUCCGCCGGUGACGAGCUCGCUGCCGAGACGGAGAUGGCCUGGGACGAUUCGGGCCUCGCCAUCACCGUGAAUCCGAUGGACAGGUUGACGGAACACGACCAGCAUCACCAGAGCCAGCGGGACGAGGAUGUGGACGACUCCGGCAGCUCUGAUUCCGAGGACGCCUCGUUCCGGGACGAUGACCUUGACAGCUCCGACUGCGAGAACGAUUGCGACCUCAGCAACGGCCGACACCGCCGUCACAACUCGCCGCACGAUCUGGAAUGGGAUCAUCGUGACGUUUAAAUCACCCUAUUAUCUUUACACUGAGCAUUCACACAUCCCUCUUUCUUCGCGUACUAAGAGGAGUACUGGCCGCGUGCCACUUCCCGCAAAAUUUUUCCAUAUAUCGUUUCUUCUCGCCGCGCGCGCCCGCGUGAUGCUUGUCUCGAGCACGUCUCGGGAGUAUUUCACGUUGAAGAUCUCUCGCGCAGCUAUCGGCGACUUUGCGAAUUUAAUCUACGGGAGUAAAGAGUUUCGGAUUAUCGUGUACGGAUGUCUCUCGUCGAACGCGACUUGCGUCCGAAAGAUUGAUUUUGCGAAGUUCUCUCCUCGUGCAUCAGAUAUCACGGACGCGUCGUUAAGGGAUUAGAAUAUUUAUUACGCUUUCGAAUCUCCAGAAUAUAUAGAGUAAUAAGAUUUAACGUUUUAAGCCGCUCCAUCGCUCGAUCGAUUCUCUAAACGAUUAUUAUUCCCCUUUACUGCGCGAGAGCGUUAUCGUAUUAUCCGUCCCCCCUCAUCCUCUCUCGUAGAUGACGUCGAUAUAAUCGAUGAGGUAACGAUAUAAAACGGCAUUCAGUUAGUACUCGUCUUAAGCGUCAGGAAAAAUCUAGAGUGCGGGACGCUUUAUCGAAUAUAGUUGAAACUCUUUCUACCUACGAACACACGUCGUUGAUGUUUGGUAGAAUCGGAGAUACACGCAAGAGAUACUUAAAGUCCCGCCGGGAAUAUUUCCGACGGGAAUAUUUACGGCAGUUCUUAAUUUAUAUUCUUGACUCAUCAUUGGUAGUAGUAGGACAAGGGAACUUUUUUUUUAUACUCCUAACUAUCUUUCCUUCUUUUUAAUCUAUAUACGGUUAUCGCUAUUUUAUUAUGACUAAUCGCUGCGGCAAUAUCCAGCCAUUUUAUCGAAAGUUGUUUAUCAUUAUUAUUAUUUCUAUUAUUCUUACUGUAGGCAGGACGGCCCGGUAGCGUAGUUUUAAAUGCGAAACACAGUGCUGAGCUGACUCUAUUCUUCCUCGUCUUCUCGACUAAACUUUCUUAUCUAAGGUCCAUUUGAUCUCAUGAAUGUAAAUCUUUCGCAAUAUAAUUGUGUCUUUCGUAUUUUGAUCAAAAGCGCUCGCGAUACGAAGAUAUGCUGAAAGCUAUUCGCUUCGGUGUAGCACGUGAAUCGGGCUGAGCCUGGGCCAUACGAUGCUUGCCCAAUUUUAACAUGUUUAGUUUUUAAGUCGUUACGCCUUUGAUCAUUUUCUUUCUUUGCACGAUGUUCCUUCCUGAUCGAUUUGCAGAAGAUGAGUGAGGACAUUACCACGCAUUUCAUGCUAGUGCUUCAACAUUUAAGAUAAUCGGUACAGCACCAUAUCCGUGUAUAAGCGUGUCGCACACAGAAGCUGCGCGUUAAAAAACGACGGUUCCGCCGGCCGUUAGUUCGUGAACGUUCGGAGAACAUGAAAUAUUCGGCGAGGGGGACAAUCUGCACGCGAGCAGACGCUUCAUGCGUCACGUAAUUUGAUCCGGUAUAAAUAUUCAUUUCUAAUUAAUUAAAAUUACUUGACACAUGAAGGAUCGGCUUAGAGGGUGGAUUAUUCACUCCUCGUUCGAGGUUGUCUUAGUUUUCCUAUAAGCGUUUGACGAAUUAACGGCAGUUAACCGGUACGCGGUUUAUGCGCUCGCGACACGCACGUGCUCUACAUAUGUAUACAUAUAUCAGCGUCCAUUCAUUAUUCCGUGGCGAGAGUCUCGUCUCGAGUGGUAGACGAUUACUCUAAAGUAAUGCGCAGCGGCUGGGAAAGCCAUCGAGCGUGCUUCUCCUGUUAAUCUCCCCGACGCGUGUCGUAUCGUGCAAUCGCUCUUUUCACAGAGAGAAAACUGAUGCUUUUACGUGCCUUUUAAGCAAGUAGUACGUUGAAUUCGUAUUGUAUGCUUUAACAGUGAAUCUCAAGCUGCGUUUCCUUUUUUCCCCCCUUCGUUUUCUUCUCGUCGCGGUAUUGCCGUCGACGGGUAUCCGCCCUGUAUUGUUAUUAGGAACUUCUCGCGAUACCGUAGCUUCCUCGAGUGCACGGUAAACUCGCUGCGCGAAACGCGGUUUUAGCUUUUGUAUCGCUGCCCGAAACCGCGUUAUGGCGAAAAGUUCUGGUUGUAUUUUAGACAUUUACAGCUGUUAGGAGUUAAGGGUCGGACGCGCUCUCGCUAUGGGCGUCGUUUCCGGGCGACGCGCUGUCGUCCGGCGGGCUGUCACGGGCCUCGACGCACAAUACCUGUCGAUGGUCCUGUGUCGGAAAAUGCGUCACACACGUGCAAUGAUCCCAUCGUAGGGUACAUUAAACUCUCUCUCUUUCUCUCGUUCUUUCAUCGAAAUGGUGACACGACGGCUGCGCAUCCGUUAUCGCCGCGAAAUAAUGAACGGAUUCUCGUGUAUAUGUGUGUCUCUGUGUUGGCAUAAAUCUAGAAUUAUACCGAAUCGUAUGAAUGCGGAGGCACCAUCAGUACCGAAGAACUCGCGUACGGAUAUAUCUAUAUUCAUAUAGGGAACUAUAAUGAACAAUUUAUUUUUCCAACGAGCAUAUCAUAUCAUUUUUAUAAGGGAUUCGUCGGAAACGUUUUUUGGGAAGCUUCGCUUCGUCAACGAGCGGUCCGCGAUCGCGAAACGUCGCGACUUCGUAAGGGUUUCUUUCUCGUUCUCGGGGGAUAGGUUUCUUUUUUUUCCCAUCUCCGUUCCCGAGGAGGGUUUACCAAUACGCACCCUCUCUUACGCAUCUCUCCGACUCGCGCGAAAGCAGAUAUACUUCGAUCGAGAAUUCGGAUUGCUCUAAACGAGAAAGCGGAGUUCGACGACUACCGGAAAGAAGAAAAUAAAUCAAUAAAGACAAACAGAGACGUGACACAUGAUCGUUUAUCUGUUCCUGAUAACACCAGAGAUCGCAUAUUAUAUAUAUACACUUAUAUACAUAAAAUACCGGUGUGUACGCUUGCUUUUGUACUGUCUUUCCUUUUCCUAGUGUUUUCUCCUAAACGCGAUUUUAUUACAUUGCAACGCGAAUCUUAUCGUAACGUAAUCUCGUAUUUUAUAACAAUCGUAAACACGGUGAGAAGGUAAUCAACAAAAUCAGCCGAGGCACUCGCGACGGCCUCCCCGCAUGGAGGUUCUUACGAGGAUCGAAGUCAAGAAAGGAUCUGGCCUUCAUGAGUGUGUCUAAAUUAGCUUACGUAAAUGUGUACACACGCGUUUGUAUGCUUAAUCCUCGAGCAUAAGCAGCAUAAGUGCACGGUGAAUUAUACAGUUCGGGAGAUACUUGGGAUUCUCCUAUUUCAUUUCAUCAUCGUACACGCGACAUCGUAAAAUAAACAACGUGUGCGCUCCCAUCGGGUGCAUCACGCGAUGUCGAUGUAACGAAGUCAGAAGAGCGCGUGAAAAUCGGUGGGAAAAAGGGUGUAUCUCGCAGAAAGUAACUUUACCCGACGAUCGUGCACGCGCAUGGUGCAUCCUUCCCUUAUUUACGCGAAACAGUUCCUCAAGUUGGUAUCGUCUCCUCUCCUCUAUUCUUAUCGCUUGAAAGAUUCGCCACUCGGAAGCUUCGCUUCGUUCCUGAAAAUAUUUGCUCAUGUAAAAAACAUCUUUGAUCUUGGUACAUAAAUAAUUCAAAAUCAGCAGCAACAUGUGGCUUAAGUUACAUAAAACUCAAGCUGCCUCUGCGUGUACGUGAUUUAAUGUUAUGCAAGAAAAAAAUACGUGCGGUGAUAAGAUGCUCAUAAUCCGAACGCGGUGAAAUAAGGGAGCGCCCAUGCGCUUGCGAACAACGCUUUUGUUAUUCCGAGCGAGAUAUCGGGAGGCCAAAAGUCUCUUUCGACCGAGAAAUCGGGAAAUCAAUGAAACGAGAAAUGAUUCGCAACGUGAACCUAAUCGGGUGCGCGCAUCCGCUCUAAAGAUGUACUUAAUCACUCAAUUAAACGGGAAAUGAAGGAACUGCGCAGAGAACAAAAAACCAACUAGAUAUUAUAUAAUAUAUAUAUAAAUAUAUAUAUAAAAUAUAUCUAAGCUGUUUGCAAAUGAUGACGAUGUAAAGGGGUAAAGAGGGAAGAGUAAAGGAAACAGAGGGAAAAAUAUGAAUUUGUAAUGUAUCAUUGUAUUUUGUAGGCAGCUAGAGCGUGUACGUAUACAUAUGCACAGAUGCCCCCGUGUACGUAUGUAUGUAUGUUUACGUAUAUAAAUAUACAUACUCCUCCCCCUUCUUCGUCUCACUUAUACACAUACACGAAUACACACACACACACACACACGCGCACGGUCAGAGGAAAUAUUUUGGAUCUCUUAAGGGAAGAACGAAGGAGCUCGGAUAAGUCGGAGGGGCUCUAACACGUCAAAUCUUAUCUUCCGAAUUUCCGAGGGGAGGACCUCCUCUCGUUUAUCACGACGAGGCGAGAGGCAUUCUCUUCAGCGCAUAUUACACGCCCGCCGCCACCGACGCGUAUCGACUUUUACACAUACACAAUCUCACAUAUAUAUAUACACACACACACACACACACACCUAUCCCGGUGCGACGACAGUGAAAAACGUGCAUGUAUAAACGCGCGAUCACGCGCGCGUGUAAAUCGAGAAAUUAUAACGCUUCGCGGAGCGAACGCCUCGUGCCAUUCAUUUGAUCGUUCGUUUUUCAGCUCGCCGUCUCCUUUCGAAACGUCGAAUGAGAAAUAUAAAAGAGAUAGACGUUAGUCUUGCGACGAUUCACGCCGCACGAUUCAGGCAAUGCGGCAAAAUUCCUUCCCACGCGAACGUAACUUGAUCGAACUUUUUGUCCGUGUGUUUUACAAGAGCGCCCCGGUUAUAAUUGAUGUACCGAGUAGUUUUCAGUAGAACGAAUCCAUAUUGAGAACAGGAAAUUCAUUAAUGAGAUUGCUGUGUAUAUUCCGACUGAUUCAUUUUUCCAUAUUCCCGGAGAAUAUUGGAAUCGAAUAAGCUAAAAAGUGCAUCCUUGCAUCCAAGGCAUGAAAAAACAUGUAGAGCGUGUAUUACACGGAUUACGUAUUUCUCAUAAAAUACCGAGCGAUCGCUCCAGGACCUCGUUGUUAUUUCUCGUUGUAUGCGACACUCUCUGAAAAAAAAAGAAGAAAAAGUACGUGGAGGAGUAGCGCGUAGUAACGAUACGAUCGGAUGUUAACAAUAAAAAAACUGCGCGAUGACAGUUGUAAUGAGUGAAAUAAUCAACUACUGAUUAGUUAGGCCAUAACGCGGAAUAUCGUUACGUGCCGACUAAAUUCCCUCCCAUCGCAGAUUGAUUGUGUGUUAACUAAUAAGAUUAAGUAACGGUAUAGUAUAUUACAGUUAAGGAAUUUAAUUAUUAUGAAUAAAUAAAUAAUUAAAAGAAAAAAAAUACUAUCUGUACGCUAAGCACACACGUUUCGAGCCGUAACGUGACGUAUGGCUAAGGCAAUGUUUAUGACUUUAAACGAGUCUUUAAUUUUAACGUGACACACUGAGUUACUCGGCGCGUCUGCACCGCGACGCACAGAAACGUCAAAUUAUCUUGUUAACUCUGCAAACUGAAAGAUCGUUCAAGACAAAAAAUGAGAAGUAUAUUAGCAAUAGUAUAUUAACUAUACACACACGUACACGACACAAAAAAUCACGCGCGGCCGCAUAUACACGCUGCACAGGCUAGGAAAAAUGAAAUACUAUCUAUAACGACAUUAUAAAUAACAUUAAGACGUCAACUGUAUUUGUUUAAUAAAGAUGUACAUUCGA